UUAUUGCUAAAAGCAAGUGAUUAAAUACCAAAUUGCAAAUAAGCUGUAGUACAACAUAAAUGUCUCUAACUAGGAAAAAGCAAAAUAUAUAACGAAUUUUAUCAUCUAAAUAUCCUGGUUGAUUUUCUCUUGGUAUCACUAAAAAGAAAAGUUGGAAGGAAAUAAAUACUCCUAAAAUAAAAAUAGCUGCAGAAAGAAAGUAUAUGAAAUAAUGUCAAAUCACAAACUACUCAAAGCUGUCAAAAGUCUCAGAUUUGAAUAUAUUUAAAGUGAUGGCAUGUGUCUUCAUAUUUUGAAGUGAAGGGCACUAAGUAAUUGCUAUAUAUGAACAUCUUUUACUGAAAAACAAAUUAGAUAUAAAACAAACCAUUUUUGCCUCUAUUUCAAGAAUUUUUUUUAUAUCAAAAGAUGAAAUGAUUUUUGUCCAUUGCCACAGAAAAUUCAAACAGCCUGGACUUUACAAGAAUCAGAGCCAAAGGACUCAUUCAAGAAAGAUAAAUCAGGGUUUGCUUAAGAAUUUUUUUAGAAUAUCCAGUAUAUUCACCUGAAAGAGUCAAACGCCUUAUCCCCCCCAAAAAAGCUUCAAGAUGCCUUAUCAGCAAAGCAAGUUGUCAUUGCCUAUCUGUGUUCUCUCCACAGUCUGGGGGAACCACUAAUAACUCACACAUAUCUACUGUGACACAGUUUGUCUUGCUGGGCUUUCCUGGUCCCUGGAAAAUUCGGAUCAUCUUUUUCUCAAUGAUUUUGUUGACCUACAUCUUGACUCUGACUGGGAAUAUGGCCAUCAUCUGUGCAGUGAGGUGGGACCACCGGCUCCAUACACCUAUGUACAUAUUCCUGGCCAACUUCUCCUUCCUAGAGAUCUGGUAUGUGACCUGCACAGUCCCCAACAUGCUGGUAAAUAUUUUUUCCAAAACCAAGACCAUAUCCUUCUCUGGAUGCUUCACUCAGUUCUACUUCUUCUUUUCCCUGGGCACAACUGAAUGCUUCUUCCUCUGUGUCAUGGCUUAUGAUCGGUACCUGGCCAUCUGCCACCCUCUUCGCUAUCCCUCCAUCAUGACUGGUCAGUUCUGUGCCAUUUUGGUAUCUCUUUGUUGGCUCAUUGGUUUCCUUGGACAUUCAAUUUCCAUUUUCCUCAUUUCUCAACUACCUUUCUGUGGUCCCAACAUCAUUGAUCAUUUUCUGUGUGAUGUGGACCCACUGAUGGCAUUGUCCUGUGCCCCUACUUACAUCAUAGAGCAUGUGUUCCAUUCUGUGAGCUCUCUUUUCAUCAUCCUCACCAUGGUGUACAUCCUUGGGUCCUAUACCUUAGUACUCAGAACUGUGCUUCAGAUUCCUUCUUCAGCUGGAUGGCAAAAGGCCUUCUCUACCUGUGGAUCGCACUUGGUUGUGGUGUCUCUGUUCUAUGGAACCAUAAUGGUGAUGUAUGUGAGUCCCACAUCUGGCAACUCAGUUGCUAUGCAUAAGGUUAUCACACUAAUAUAUUCUGUGGUAACACCUGUCUUAAACCCUCUCAUCUACAGCCUUCGCAACAAGGACAUGAAAUAUGCCCUCUAUCGUGUCUUCUGUGCAAUGAGAAUUAUCCAGAGCUCAUGAAUAGGUUUUUUUUUUAUAACUCAGUAACUCUCUAGGCAAUUGGAAGAAUAAUCCUCAUCUUUUAACACAAACUGACUUGGUUUUAUUCAUGGUCAUCACAGUCCUUUUGUACAAGCAAAACUUUUCAUGUAUCUAAUCAUAUUCUGAUGAGCUUCUAGUUUCAGAAACGUGUUCCAUGGGAGCAAGUUGGCCCCAACAUAUGGUAAAAAUAACCCUUAAAAAUCUUAAUAUCUAUUUCCAGAAAGGCUUUUACUUUGGUGUGCAGUCUCUAAGCCACACAAUUUUGCUAAAACAUGAAUCAAAUUGAUUGUUUGCUAACAUAGUUGUCUAUCACUUCUUUAAAAAAGACACAAUAGGCCUGUUGUGCUGGAUGUUUGGUGACACAUCACUGUAUACACUAAGAUACACUUAGAGAUUGUAAAUUCAGUUUCACAAUUCUUAAUUCAUCAUCCUCAUCAACAGUGUACCAGGGGAGGCUGGAAAUUAGAUUUACAGAGAGUUUUAGUACGCAGUCCUGCUAAGUUAAGUGAGGGUCACAUCAAAAGAACCACUUAGAGGGCUUGACCCUGUCCCCUGAAAUCUGAAGGACACCUUGACUGUCCUUGAUUUGUACCUGGAAAAAAUGUAAAGACUGUGAAAGAGAUGACUCUGGAAAAGAGUAAAAAGAGAUGGGCUACAGCAGGAACAAACUAAACUCCCACCCAUAACAGAACAAAUAUAGAAUACCCACAUUUGACCUAGUUAGACCCUAUGAGAAGUAACCUUCUUGUGCUGUCUUAAAAGGAACCCUACCCAAAAGUGCUACUUGGAAAAGUAAGGCCAUUUAAAAAGUAAGUCUAUACAGAGUAGGUCACCCAAAUCCAGGGUUAAAAGAAGUCAUAUGGAGUCAGCCAGUGAAGCACUGCCCACAUCAGAGAACCUGCAGUUUGGAGAGCCCACCUCAAAAAAAGAAAAUAUUUCAUGAAAAAAACAUUUAGACUAUUGUUAAGCCAAUAAGGCAACAAUAUCUAAGUCAAGAAAAAGACUUUCUGCCUUUACUUCUUUCCCACCCCAAACCUAGAGUAACCAGAGUCAGCAGAGUAAUGUAGGAAAAGAGAAAUGAAAGGUCAGAGGGAAAGAAGCAGAUCAAGCCUAAAUCAGAUCCAGUUUAGAGGAAUGAGUUUUAAUUUGGAUAAAAAAAAUAAAAUUUUAGUUUUCGACUAUACAGUCAGACUUCAGUUAUCUAUGGGUCCCACAUUCAUGGAUUCAACCAACCUCAGAUUAAAAAUAUUUGGGGGAAAAAUGUAUCUUUACUGAACAUGUACAAAUUUUUUUCUUGUCACCAUUCCCUAAAUAAUAUGGUAUAACAGCUAUUUACAUUGCAUUUGUAUAUACAUAACCUAGAGAUGAUUUAAAGUAUAUGGGAGGAGGUUACAGUGAGCUAUGAUUGUGCCACUGCACUUCAGCCCUAGCAACAGACCCUGUCUCUAAAAAAAUAAAAAAUAAAAUAACAUAUAAUGAAGGAUAUGCAAUAAAGUGUGGGUGAUAUGAAAAUACGACACCAUUCUACAUAAGGAACUUGAGCUUGUGGAUUAUGGUAUCCACAGGGGGUCCUGAAACCAAUCCCUCAUGUCUACUGAGAAACAAAUGUACUAGAAUUCCUAAAUGGCCUGGAAAAGGAGGUCAUAUGUUAAAAAUAAAAGUGGUUAUAAAAGCUACCAUCCCAGGAUAGUAACCAUAGGUGGAAAUAAAUCACACAUCAGAAAGUGUUUACAAUAGACAUGGUGGGGGAAAAGCAAGCUCCUUUAUAUUUAUAUCCUACCAAGUACAAAUCAUUCAAUAAAAUAGUUGUAGCUACAAAUGUUUAAAUGUUGCUGUAGCCUAAGAGAGGAAGAAAGCUCCUACCUGAAAGACUGAGGGACUCUCCUGGAAAGCCCCCUUAGACAAGUGGAAAACACUAUGUAUGCUUCAGGGUGGGUAGAAGGGCCUAAAAAAAUGGGGAAAUGGGCUAUGUGUGUUGGCUCACACCUGUAAUCCCAGCACUUUGGGAGGCCAAGGCGGGUAGAUCAUGAGAUCAGGAAUUCGAGACCAGCCUGGUCAAUAUGAUGAAACCCUGUCUCUACUAAAAACACAAAAAUUAGCCAGGCAUGGAGGCACGUGCCUGUAAUUCCAGCUACUUGGGAAUCUAAGGCAGGAGAAUCACUUGAACCUGGGAGUCAGACGUUGCAGUGAGCAGAGAUCACACCACUGUACUCCAGCCUGGGCAACAGGCGAGACUCCUUCUCAAAAAAAACAGGCAGAGGCGGGGGGUGCUUCAGCCGGGGGUGGUGGCUCACACCUGUAAUCCUAGCACUUUGGGAGGCUGAGGUGGGAAGAUCACAAGGUCAGGAG